CGAGGCUGGGCCGCGGGACCGGGGAGGCCUCUUUCUUUUUUCCUGGAGCCUCGGUGGAGGGUCGCAGCUCUGAUCGCCGCCCGACGGAACCGUCCAGGAUGAUCCCUUUCCAAGAGAGAAAUGGAAGCCUUGGCAACAUGGAAUCCUUGAGGAAGUGCCUGCAGGCCAAAAAAGACCUGGAAGUGGCGUUUGCUGAAAUUGUCAAAGCCGAACAGCAAGUCAGAGACAACUGGAAAGAGGUGAAAGCUGAAGUUCACAGUUGCAUCAGUCGCCACCUGGAAUGCCUGCGAAGCCGCGAAGUUUGGUUGUUGGAACAGGUUGACCUUGUUCAGCAGCUGAAGGCAGAGGCUCUGCAGCAACAAGCACAGCAGCUCUGCUGGUUGUUGGGACAAUUCAGCAGCCUCAUCCGCCAGCUGGAACAGCCUCAAAGCGGCGAUCUCACCAGUCAGAUGUCGGCGUGUUUUGAGAGUCUUGGCAGUUUGACUCUCCAGCCGGAAGAAACGUCCGUCUUGAACUUUGAGGCUGAUGUGGCAUUCCUUCGCCAGGCGAUCACCUCGUUUGGCUCCAUUAGAACCAUGCAGACUUCCGAUAAAGAAGACUACGCCCCUUGGAUCGCUGUGCAGAACUGUCCCGUGAUGGCUAGUUUUGAAAAGCCAAAAACUUUCCAUGGAACGCUGGGCUACCCUCUCUCUAACUGGCUUCUUGGAACCAAAUCUGAUGGUGCCUGCCAUACGCCUUAUGUUCCUAGCUCUAAGCAGGAGGACUGGCUCUUGAAAACACAGGCUGAGGAGGAGGAGGAGGCCAAUCAGGAUUUCAAGCCUUCGGAAGUGUCUUACUUGGAGAAAGCAUGGGGAGACCUGAAAAACUUGGAGAACUGGCUUUUGCAGAACCAACCGCGAGACCUUCCUGAGAUGGACCUCCGCCGACGGAAGAGCUCCACUUCUACCGUCGCUUCCACUUUGUCCAUUGAGAAGAUUGACGAGUUGGAGCUCUUCGAGCAAGACGACGGCGAUCUUUCCGAAUGGCUUCUUGUGCCUUCUGAACCCGAACACAAGAACGCCUCUGACGAGAAGUGGAAAUGGGGUUUUAAGCCUUUCCGGGAGGAAUACAACCCCAACGAUUGGCUCCCUAAAACCGAUUCUUGCAAUCAUUGUCGCGGAGCUCAAGCUACCGGGGUAGAGAUAGAAAAUCUCGGCAAUCUGAAAUGCCUCAGCGAGCACCUGGACGUGAGGAAGCCCCCGAACGCCGACAGCUGGCUUCUGCAGCAGCCCACCUUCAGAGUCGAGGAUCUGUGCAGAGCCAACGAGCUGUGUUCCAGUUUUUCUGAGUGUGCGUGUGACGAGAACUGUGAAAAGGAAGCCCUGUGCAAGUGGCUCCUUAGGAAGGAAGGCAAGGAUAAAAACGGAGUGCCGCGAGGAGAGGCCUUCGAACCCCAGGGACGUCGGCCUGUGCUGGACAUCUGGCUCCACCCUUCUCGACAAGCGGACGGGGAUUCGGCUGGCUCUGCCACAAAACAGGACACUGUCCGGGAGGUGGCAGAACCUCUGAAGGAAUUGCCGGCAAUCUCAUUGUCCUCUUGGCUAGCCAAGCAAGAAGUCAAAGCUUCCCCUGGUGGCGAAGAGAAGGCGACCCGAGAGGAGGCCGGGGUGAGCCACAAGGGUUCCCUCCUGGAGCUGCUUGUGCCCUUCCACCACCCUUUCAACAUAAACAGCUGGAUCUUGUCCUCCCAAAAUACAGAAUUCUCCAGCCAGCCUCUCGUGGAAGAUAAAUGGCUGCUACGGAAGAAGGCGCAUGACAGAGGCCUUCCUGCCGUUUGCGACCUUUGUAUGAAGCUGAGUGGAGAUAGAGAAAAAUGGCUCUAUCAGACGCCUUUACAGAUGUGAAAAAAA